AUGUCGCAGAAGACAGCAGCCGGAGGCAAGUCUUCGUCAACCUUCCACUUUGGUGCUGGUCUCGGCUCUGGCACAUUAAGCGCUGUACUUCUACAGCCGUUCGAUCUUCUUAAGACACGCGUGCAACAGUCAGGUUCACACUCAAUUAGAGCUGCUAUAAGAGAGAUUGCCAAGUCUCCAAAUGCAUUGACUGCCUUCUGGAGGGGCACGGUUCCGUCAGCCCUGCGGACGGGCGUCGGGUCGGCCAUCUACUUUACCACCUUGAAUAUGAUUCGGCAGCGUGCAACGACCUUUUCGUUCGCUACAGUUCCGGCCUUUGAUAAGCAUGGGUCUUCUUCUUCCCUGCCGAAACUUUCUAAUACCGCAAACAUGGUAUCCGGAGCCGUCGCCCGAGCUUUUGCGGGCUUCAUCCUCAUGCCAUUGACGGUUAUCAAGGUACGCUACGAAUCAAACUUGUAUUCAUACAAGUCGAUCGCUGGCGCUGCCAGGGAUAUAUACAAAACCGAGCGCAUCCCAGGCUUCUUUGCUGGCUUUGGUGCUACUGCCCUUCGAGAUGCCCCGUAUGCUGGGCUCUACGUUCUUUCGUAUGAACAAUUCAAAAAGCGACUCAGUGCCUGGCUUUAUGUAAGGCCGGCUAUCACUCACGCGAAAGCCAGCCUAGGGAUGGGGAGUUCUCUGUCUGCUAUGAUUAACUUCAGUUCCGGCGCGCUCGCUGGUGCAACGUGUUCCUUCAUAUCGAACCCGUUCGACGCCGUCAAGACGCGCAUACAACUGCAACCCCGCCAAUACCGUAACAUGGUUCAAGCGUGCCGCAAGAUGAUCACGGAGGAAGGUGUACGGUCACUCUACGACGGACUUGCUCUGCGCAUGACGCGCAAGGCGAUAAGUUCCGCAUUAGCUUGGAUGGUAUACGAAGAGUUGAUUCGGAGAGCAGAGACUACGCUAUAUUCAAGAGAUACGAAAGAGCAUGUAUAA